GGUCUUUGAAAAAAGAAGUAAUAGCUUGAGGCUGAGUCUGGCCUUGAAUGUGGCUCAGCGAGCAAGGACCCCUAGCGUAAAUUCUCGGCACUUCUCGUUUUUCUCUUCAUUUUCAACACUUCUUCACAAUGGGCAUGUCAACUUGUUGCUGCUGCAUUCCCUUGAGAAUCGGAGUCAUUAUUAUCGCGGUAUUCUCAACGAUUUUAUAUGCCUUGGGAACUGCCUCUCUUUUCAUUUCAAGGAAUCACGCAAGUGCAUCUUUCCCUAUACAGUCCAACCAAUAUACAGCGGUUUUCUGGACCUUGGUUGCUGUAUAUAUUCUUUAUACACUCAGUUCGCUUAUUGGUGUUGUUGGAAGCAUCACUCAAAGACGACGCAUGGUCCUCUUCUUCAGCAUUCUCAACUGGAUCAUGGUUGUCUUGACGUUGAUUGCAACUUUUGCUGUUUGGAUCAUAUUGUUGGUCAAAAAAUCGGAUGUAGAGACAGCUUGCGAAGCUGCUGUUAGCAAUAGUAUUGCCGCCAAUGACUCUCCAUACCAUACCCCCGUUGCCAUUCCAAAUCAACAGGUCGAUAUCCAGAACGCAUGUCAAGAAGCCAUCAAAAAUGCAAGUAUCAUCGGCGGCGUUCUCGUUUUUGUCGGAAACGCUUUGCAGUUUUACUUUGCAUCCGCCAUCAGCGCUUAUGCUCAACGUUUGAAGCGCAACAACCAACAUCAAAAACUAAGAGAUCUUGACGAUUUUCCCUCCGCUAAGGGAAUGCCUGCCAUGGCAGCCCCAGUUUACUAGGCGAAAUUUAUAAAAAGAAAAAAAAAAAAAGUUUUUCCAAUUGAUGUGACAGAAAUCAGCUUUCAACCUUUGUAUCGAAAUCCUUGAUGUAUUUAUAUUCCAAUUUUCCUGAAGCCAAUAAAUGUAUAUGAAGGGUAAAUCAAAUGUAUGAGAGCUUCAAUAGUAUCCUCUACCAUGGUCUUCGUAUGAAAUUGGAAUCGUUUUUUAAGCCAUGCCUUAGCUGAAGAACGAUGGCAAACAGAUAAUGAAAAAUGAGCGGC